AUGGGCGAUCCGGUGGACACGGGUUCCACAAAUCCCCACAGCGCUGCGCCACUGUGUGGCUGUAUACUGCGACGCCGUCGAUUCUCAGAGCGCACUUCUGAAGGCCACGAAACGUCAACGCGGCUGAAGAUGAGGAAGUCCACCGUGCAGACCGCCCAGGGAUUCGCCAAAACAACGACCAACUACGACAACUACGACAAGGAGCGAGGGCGACUUGCACCCUACCCCUCUGAACAGCCAGCUCACUCAAGCGGAUGCACACUCCCCUUCGUCCACGCAUAUUCUGUUGCCGCUUCCACCACUAGUACUGCCGUACCUGCACCACACGCUCACAACCACACGUUCCACAACCUCAAUCUCCACAUUCUCGCUCCGCCGGAGCCUCCUACGGCAUGUGUAGCUCCCGCUCAAGGCUAUACUACUCUCUUCCAUAACAGUCCUGAUGACUUCCAGAGGGCUGUAUCUGUGGAUCAGUGGAACGUGAUAGUUGGACAUGCGGACCAGGGCGCGCCCGCGUUGUACACGCCGAACGGGAUCGAACUCUCCGGCUCAAGCACUAUCGAUACAACCGAGCAGCUUCCACUCGACUUCUGGGAGAAUAUCGUGCAAGAAUCCACGCAACGUAUGGCUGAAGGAGGCGAACAGCACACCGUGAACGUCCUCAACGAUCCCAUUCAGGAAUUCGCGUUUUCGUCAGACUCUUUCGUUCCGUACACUCUCCCGGCACCUCCACCCGCACAGUUCUUCCCCGAGUUUCCGUCGAUCUCCUUCCACCAGGAAACCUUUCCUCCUGUUCCAUCCACGACGACAACACCCUCUCUCUCGACAUCGUCGUCCUCUCCCGGAUCCUCCGGCAUUCCUUCACCCGCCCCUGACGCUUGGGAAGCCCUCACCGCGGCUCAACAGCUCCCCCCGCCCUCUGUCAAGACCGCCACGCGCACUCCCCGCACAAGCCGGAAGAACAUCAGCACCAUCGCCUCCAAAGCGAUCCUCGACCCAUACGUGAUGAACAUGAUGACGUGCACCUGGCCGGGCUGCUCCCACAACGGCCUCCUUCUCCCGGAGCACCCCAAGCACGCGCUCAGCCACGUCAAGUCGCACUUUCCCGGGGGCGCGACGGCGUGGACGUGCAUGUUCUCCGGGUGCAAGGUCGAGCGGCCGUUCGAGUCGCUCAAGGGGAUCAUGGACCACAUCCAGAUCGUGCACCUUGGCUGGCGGUUCUGCUGCCCCGGGUGCGCGCGGCACUUUUCCCUGCCGGGCCAUGUGACGACUCACGUCAAGAAGGGGGAGUGCGUGCUUUCGCUCUCGGAGUACACCCAGAGGAUGAACGAGCUCAGGAGGGACGCCCUUGAGCGUAGGAUGCGGCGGUGA